GCAACGUUUCGUGCACCAUCGAGCAGACUUGUGAAUAGCGGUAGCGGUCUUCCUUCCUUUUUCUUUUUUGUGAUGUUUUAUCAUCGACACAAUGGAGCGCGCCUGAAGCCAAUGAAGCGAAGGGACUGAACCACUGACUGGACCAAACACGACGCCAUCUUGCCAGGGGCGAAACGUCGAGGUGGAGCCGUGCUGCCGAAUUGCAAGCAUGGUUGGCUCGUGUACAGCGUACGGAUGCACGAACCGUGUGAAGAAAACCCCAGGAAUCACCUUUCAUUUGUUUCCAAAAAAUGUGGAGGUACGACGCAUGUGGGAACGAGCUGUACGACGUGAAGGCUGGCAACCGAAAGAUGGUGAUCGCUUGUGCUCGGUACAUUUCGCACCGGAAUGCUUUGAUAAGACGGGUCAGACAACGCGGCUUCUUCCAGGAAGCGUGCCAACUGUUUUCCCUGCUUUUCCCCAGCACCUCCGGAGACAGAAGAAACAAUGGCUACAAGGGGUUCCAUCAAGAGCCAGCACCAUUCGAGUCUCAUUUCGAGUCCAUGCAGAUCCACAGGAACUAAACAAGGGUGACUCUUCAGAGAACAGAGAGACCGCUGUGAUGACCCAGAUAGAGGAACCUCCAGAACGCUCUUCAAGUGAACAUCCAAUCAUAGUUGUGGAAACGGAGCCUUACAACAUUCAAAUUAUAGCAGAGCAGGAGCAAAUGGGACGCAGCCAUGAGUCAGCAUCAGAAGAUGCGACAUCGAGCACUGGCAUGCUUCAGGUUGAUGAGGAGCCGAAAGAAAUUUGUCAUCGAACGUCUUCAGGUUAUAGCUCUCCAGAUACACAGUUCAACAUCAACAGAACGACAACUCAACCUCCAUUCGACAAGACUGUCACAGUAAGCAGGUCAGAGUUCAGCUGGAGCACGCAUCUGCGCCGUCACAAGCAAGCACACGUGGGUGAGAAGCCACACAAGUGUGAUGUCUGUUCUGCAGAGUUCAGCUGGAGCGUGAGCCUGCGGUAUCACAAGAAGACACAUACAGGUGAGAAGCCACACAACUGCGAUCUCUGUUCUGCAAGGUGCAGACACGGCAUGGGCCUGCAAAUUCACAAGACAAGACACACACGUGCAAAGCCACAGAAGUGCAAUAUAUGUGCUGCAGAGUUCAGACGGAGCACGGACCUGCAGUGUCACAAGCGGACACACAAAGGCGAGAGGACAUAUAGGUGCAGUACCUGUUCUGCUGAGUUCACCCGCCUGCACCUUCUGAAAGAUCACGUACGGAUUCAUGCCGUCGAGAAGCCAUACAAGUGCAUUGUCUCUGCUGCAAGGUGCAGACAUGGCUUGGGCCUGCAAAUUCACAAGAAGAGACAGUCAUGUGCGAAGCCACACAAGUGCGACAUCUGUUCCACAGAAUUCAAGAAAAACAUGGACCUGCAGUGCCAUAUGCGGACACACACGGGCGAGAAGCCGUACAAAUGCGAUGCUUGUCCUGCAGAGUUCAGCCAGAACUCAAACCUGCGACGUCACAAGCGAAUACACACGGGCGAGAAGCCCUACAAGUGUGAGCUCUGUCCUGCAGAGUACAGAGACAGCACAAGCAUGUUGCGUCACAAACGAACACACACGGGCGAGAAGCCACACCAGUGCAAUCUCUGUCCUGCAGAGUUCAGCUGCAGCUCAAAGCUGCAGCGUCACAAGUGGACACACACUGACGAGAAGCCGUACAAGUGUGUUCUGUGUGCUGCGGAGUACCGCUACAGUGAGGGCCUGAGGCGUCACAAGUUGAUGCACCUCCAAGAAGGCGUAGAAGUGUGGCCUCUGUCCUGCAGUGUACAGACACGGCAUGGACCUGCACCAUAGCAAAUGUGAGACACACGUGAGAGACAGCAGACAUGUUAAAGUAUCAUGGAAGUGACAUUUAACAUGACUCGAAAUCCUGUUCAUCUGUGAAGCUGUCCACAAGGAGUCGCCAUGCAAAAUAUUUUCACUCUGUGGGGUAUUUUCACUGUACAAUAAAAUUUACAAAAGACA